AUGGAUGUCAACAUACAACAAUUCACGGCGAACACCUUUACCCAUCGAUAUGGCGACGAAGCUUUGAGCUGCCGCUGCAACAACAAGUGUUGUUACUUCGAGGGUUGCUGCGCCAAGGAGCCAGGUCGAAACUUGGAAUCACUCCCGUAUGUGGAGUACUACGAACCAACUACGAUUCGCAACACCGAGCCCAACAAGGAGAAUGCUGGACGUAGUUUCCUUGAUCUCCCCGCCGAGCUCCGGAACAAAAUUUACGUGCAGGUGGUUCUCAGUGAUGAGGCGAUUCGUAUGAAGCUCAACCCCACGAUCAUGGACCAUAACGAGAAGCACCAAUGGGGUCGUGACAACGCAUGGGCAAUUCUUGGUGUUUGUCGCCGUCUCUAUCAUGAGGCCUCCUCCUUGGCAUACAAGGAGAACUACUUCCAGGUCUGGCGGGGCACGCAUCGAGACUUCACAAUUACCAAGCAUCCCGGAAUGCCGCACGAGCGUAUCCAAUUUCUGCACCUGUUCUACCCCAUGGAGAGCUCACCUUGUUCCUGGCGGAUGGACCACAUGUGGUCACAUUGGCUCAAAGAUGUCGAGAUCGUACGCAAACACUUUCCGAGCCUUCGUCGGCUCUUCCUGAAGAUGGGCUAUGAGGGCUUCGAUCCUAACACGCUGUAUAAUUACCACACGUGGGCCCCUUUGUUGUUCAAAGGUCCUGGAGAGUCAGAAGCAGCGAUGUUGAAGCGUGUGACCGCAGUCUUGCGAGCCAUGACACAAUUGCACGGACGCAAGAUGCCGCAGUGUGUCCAGAUCAAUUUCUGGGGCUAUUUCCACGAUGUCCACACCGAUGCCUACUACCCUGCCGACCACGAGCCCCAGAUGAUCAACAAAGCUAUCUUGAAGGUGGCGGAUCCGAACAUCAACAUCGAAGAGUACAAGAAGCAGUCGUACCCGCUCCACUGGAUCUCAGGCCCUAACGCCAUCUUCUAUGGGAACGAGCGUAAUCCUAGUGAGUACGAGAUGGAGUAUGGACCAGAGCCGUCCGAGUAUGAUAGCGAUUAA